UCACUGAUGAGAUGAUUGAAGGGAAGCUGCAGAUGACGUGAUUGAUGGAGUGAACCAGACGUCACUGGAUAUCUCAGCUUGUUUACUCUGUUUUAUCUGCCUUUUGACAGGCACAACAGAUUUGUUUUUCUUUUGCUCUGGGUCUGGGCUUAUGGCACACAAACACCUCACAAGAUCACCAUCGUCCCAUAUACGAGCUCAAGACUGCUCAGAGGUGCUGAGCUCUGUGAUUGUUCCUCCGCACCAUGAUGAAACCACACUCAGCUUCACACACAGGAUCUUCAGAGAGGAGCAGAGAGACCUGAUCAGCUCUUUACAGGAGCAGCUUAUAGAGAAGGACCUGCACAUCUCCAGGCUACAAGAUGCUCUGACUUCUGAAAGAGAAAAGUGCGCGCGGCUGCAGUGUCGUUGUAACCAGCAGGGGGUGGAGCUGAAGCGUCGAGAGCAGCACAUCCACCGCAUGAGGGAGAAACUCUCGCAGUUCACUGACAGACACAAGCAGCGCGGCGUGUCCAUGGAGAUCAUAAAUGUGUUGCCAAAGCGGACAGGACGGAGAGAGCCUGGCUUCAAGUCCGCAAAGGCUGAUGGGAGGACAGAAGAAGCACUGCGUCUCCUGUUGGACCGAAGGGAAGCUGAGCUCAGAGAAGCCAUGAAACUACGGCACGCGCUCACGACACUACUGCACAUGCUCAGAAAUAACAUGGCACAGACACUACAAGAUGACAAUGCAGAACUGGAGGAUGAGGACAAAGACAAUGUGCUGGUCCAAUCAGAGCAGUGCCUUGGUGAUCAUGUGACAGGAGGUGUGGUCCAGGAGUGGAUGCAAGUCCAGAAAAAACUCCGGGAGCUCGUGUCACAGAGUCCUGUUGCUCAAGGAACAGACCAGGAGAAGCUGCUGGCUCAUCUGGAGGAGGAGCUGGAGCAGAGCAGAGAUCUGAUCCGAGCACAGCAGCAGUUACUGCAGGACAGUGUAACUCCGCCCCUCCCCGCUGUGCUGAUGGACUGCUACUAUCUGGAGGAGUGGGAGCGGCUACAGGACCACUGGGAGGAGUUUAACAGGCAGAGGCGGAGCUUCCGGCGAGAGAGGCAGGCCUUCACUGAAGCGGCUAUUCGAUUGGGUCAUGAGAGAAGUGAGUUUGAGCAGCAGAAAGCCUCCCGAUUGAAGUCCGAGUUCCUUAGUUUUUCUCCUGUCAAGAAGAGCUCUCAGUGGAACAGGAGAGAGAGCACAGCGCUCAGCGAUCUACGUGCAGCAGCUCCGGAUCAGUUCUCUCUCUCUCCGUGUGCCACACCGUCAUCUGAGGGGUCAGAGGUCACGCCGGGGUCCCGUCAGGACAUGAUCAUGACCCCCAACACCCCUGAGCUGUACUCCGCUCUUAAACUGCCCUACCGCAGGUCAGAGCGGAUGCUUCAGUCACCUGAUGAACGCAACACGGACUGGCCCUUUUAGCUGACACACUUCAUGCUUUAUCUGGAAAUGCUGUGUUUUGUGAAGAUUCACUAUUUGGAUACAUUUUUGAAUAAAAUAAAUAAAGAUAUGCAUUAUAUAUAUAUGGAA